AAGACGUGCCCAGUUGUUGCUUCUUAUAAUAUAAUAGUGGCGAAGUCUAGUGUCUUUAAAGAUCCAUAGAAGUUUGUUCAAGACAGUGUAUUCUCAUAAAAGAGCUCAUUAGAACAAUGAUGGAGUAUAUAAACACGAAUUUCUUAAUACAAAAUGAUUUUAAAGAAAUACAUAAUUUCGAAACGGUCCGCCAAGAAAUACCUCAAAAUACAGAGUUUCCGAAUUAUUUCCAUAUGCUGUAUGAGUACGGCGGCGAGAUGAUCGAGCAGAUGCAAGGAUCUCAACAUUCUGGAGUUCAGGAGUUUGAUUUUCAGAACUGGUGGAGCGAACAGGUUGUCAAAGAAGAGGACGAGGAUCCGGGUGCUACGACUAGUCUUCAGGGAGGAGAACUGAGGUUGCCUGCGGCUCGUAAAGAGAGGACAGCGUUCACAAAGACACAGAUCAAGAGCCUGGAGGCUGAGUUCGAGCGAGCCAACUAUCUCACACGACUUAGAAGAUACGAGAUUGCGGUCGCCUUACAUCUCACAGAGAGACAGGUGAAGGUGUGGUUUCAGAACAGAAGAAUGAAAUGGAAGCGAACCAAAGGCGUCGCGAAGAGCACCGGGAGACUCGCCUAGAUCAUAAGACGAUAAUAACUAUACAGAUGUUUUCAAUCGCGAGC